AUGGCGCCCAGCUUCGGCCGCUCCAUCUCCUUCCCUCUCAGCCCGGCGCGCGCCUCCAGGCCACGCACCGCCGCCUACCACGUCCGCUCCGUCUCUCUCCCCUGCAGCUCCCACCCGCUCCUCGCCCACCUCUGCACCCACAUCGCCGCCGUCCGCUCUUGGGUGGCUGAUCCGAUCUCGGCCUCUACGGGCCUCGCCCACCUCAACGCUCUCCACGCCGCGCUGGCAGAGCUCCUGCUCCUCCCGGAAGCACGCUCCGCGCUCCAGUGCGGGUCGGCCACCGCAGCUUGCCUCCUCGACGGCUUCCUUGUCCUUUCCGACGCGCACGGCUCGUUCCAGGAGACGGUCGUCGAGCUCAGGGCGCACGCGGCCGACGCCCAGGUGGCGCUCCGGCGCCGCGAUGACAACAGGCUCGCCUCGGCGGUGCGUUCACUGCGCCGCAACGAGAAGGACCUCGGUCGCCUCGCCGGCUCCGUGCGCGCCGCGGCGAAGUUCCCGACCGCGACGUUCUCGAAGUCGUGCAGUGUGGCAGAGGUCGAGGUUUCUGGGGCGCUCGCCGAGGCCGUGGCCGCUGCCGCGUUCGCGUCCGCCGCAGUAUUCUCUGCCGUUGAGACCGUGUCCGCCGCGGCUACGAGCGCGCGGGCAUCCAAGAAGACCAUGACAUCGUCGAUCAUGUCUCUCGUCAAGAGCGGCAAGCACGCUUCGGACGACGACAAGGAGGUGGCCGUAUUGGAGAAGCUUGACGAGGUAGAGGCGUGCGUUGCCGAGAUUGAGACCGGGAGCGACAAGGUGUUCAGGAGCAUCCUGCGCACCAGGGUCGCGCUCCUCAACAUCCAAACUCAAACGUGCUGUUGA